CUGGGAUCCCUCUGCCACCGUCCACUUCAUAGUACCUGUGAAGAACCAGGCUCGGUGGGUGCGGCAGCUGAUCGAUGACAUGGAGCAACUUUUUAAAGAAACGGGAGACGGAAACUUCAACCUGAUCAUCACGGACUACAGCAGCACCGACAUGGACGUGAGGAAUGCCCUUGAGAAAUCCUCACUCCCCAGGUACCAAUAUGUGAAGCUAAGUGGGAACUUUGAGCGCUCUGCUGGUCUGCAAACUGGUAUCGACCUUAUAAAAGAUGACAACAGUAUUGUUUUUCUGUGCGAUCUUCACAUCCGCUUCCCUCCUUCAAUCAUUGACACCAUCAGGAAGCACUGCAUCAAAGGGCACAUGGCUUUUGCUCCCAUUGUUCUCAGACUGGACUGCGGCACCACGGCAUCAGAAGCCAGAG